GCGGUCAUCAGUCGUCCAGGACCAGGCUUUGUAUUACCUUCCGCCUCCUGCUACGUCGCCUUCACCCCCUACACAACACCCUCACAAUGGCCUUCAAGGGUAUGCUCGUGUUUCUGCUGCUGGCUGGAGUCAUCACUCUCGUUGCCUCAGAGAAUACCAAGUCCCAGAAUAAGAAGCGGGGAGAGGAGGGUCGCUUCCUCUUCACCACCGACGAAAACCAGUCCAUUACCAUCGGCACCGCCAGCCUCACCACCUUGGCCUUGCUGGGUGUCGUGGCUGUUCUCGCCGCCGCCGCCGCCAUAAUCCUGCUGCCCCAAGACGACGCUUCUUCAGGCUACGCGUCUGCCACGAGCGCCUACGGCGCCACUGCCAUCCAUCGCUCCCUGGACGACGCCGCCGCCAAGUAUGAGCAGACAGACACACCUGUUGAUCGACACGCCCGCUGAUCGACACACCCGCUGAUCGACACACCCGCUGAUCGACACACCCGCUGAUCGACACACCCGCUGAUCGA